AUGGCGGAAAUCAACGAAACACAGAUUGAGGAGAUUGUUGCACAAGUCAUCAGGAAUCUUCAGAAUGAUGGGCAACGCUUACCGACAACAACAUCUCAACCCACAGCUGCCGGUGCGUCCGACACAGGGAUCUUUCCCACUGUGGAUCAAGCGAUUGCUGCUGCCAAAGCCGCACAAGUGGAAUUCGUAAAGCUCGGCUUUGCCAAACGUCGGGAGAUCAUUGAAGCUAUCAGGCGAACUGCGCUUGAACAUUCAAGGUCCCUCGCAGAGAUCGCUGUCGAAGAUACCAAAAUGGGAGUUGUCGAGCAUAAGGUGAUGAAGAAUGACGGUGGGGCAAACCUUUCGCCCGGCGUGGAAGAUUUGAGUUCGGAAGCAACAACCGGAGAUACAGGGCUGCUGCUUGUGGAGUACCUCCCUUUUGGUGUGAUUAAUUCAAUCACUCCGACCACAAAUCCGACAUCGACUGUCAUCAACCACGCAAUCAUUAUGCUCUCAGCUGGAAAUUCGGUUGUAUUCAGUCCACACCCGAAUGCACAGAGAUGCACACAGGAAACGAUGAAAGCCGUUUGCAGAGGCGACGUUGCGGCGGGCGAAGGAGAUUAUGGACCACCCGGAUAUCGCAAUGGUCGUUGCACGGGCGGCGGCAGCGUUGUGAGAGCCGCACUUACCAGCGGCAAGAAGGCGAUCGCAGCGGGUCCCGGUAACCCACCAGCCAUCAUUGACGAAACCGCAGAUCCAACGGAGGCGGCGAAGAAGGUUAUACUCGGAAACAGCUUUGACAACAACCUACUCUGCAUCGGCGAAAAAGCCCUCUUUGUCGUUGAAUCUGUCGCUGAUGAAGUUAUCCGUGAGCUGCAGAACAGCGGCGGUUACUUGACCAAUCCGCGAGAGAGGCAAGCUGUCGAAGAUGUCGUGAUCCAAAAUGGCGACCCCAACAUCGACUACAUCGGUAAAGAUGCAAGCGUUAUUCUUGACGCAGCAGGAAUACGGGCGAAAACAGAGACGGUUUCCGUCGUCGUUGAAGUCCCCGGCGACCACACCUUUGUUGUUGACGAAUACCUGAUGCCAGUGCUUCCGGUGGUUCGGGUGACGUGA